GAACCGUUACUGAGCUGCGUGGUCACUGCACGCGAGAAACGGCGUUCUCGUCGUCCCAACGUGUAGCCAAGAUGGCGAUGCGUCGCAGGGCCGUAACUAUUUAGGCAAAGGAAAAGGGAGAGCCUGAAAAUCUUCGAUUAUUAGGAGAUGGACCAUAAUAAAAAAGAACAGAAUAGACCAAGGAUACACUUUCAACACACACAUGCACGUUUCAUGGAACGCAGGAGCCCCGCAGGUCUUUCAGGUACAAAGGAAUAGUCGUUGACCAGCAAACAUAAGCAAGGCCCACAUAUCUGCUCAUAAGAUCCAAACGAACGUUAAGAGAAAGUUCAGUUCAAAUGCACACGCCGGACGCUGCACAUGUCUGUAUACAAAGUACGAUCAAAGUACUGGAAAUAUUGUCCGAUAUAACAAUACUUUAAUUUUUACGGAAUCUAAGAGACUGAUUUGCUGACCUAUUAUAUCAACAAUAUGAAUACAAUAAAACCGAUACUAUACAGAGUCGAGACGUACAUCGUGCCCGAGGUGAACAAGAAACAAGAGGUCUCGCUACAAGCUGCUAUCAAUGAAAUCGACGAUCUCAAAAUCGUAAAUCAAUUAAAUGCCCAAGAAGAUGAAGACGUAUUGAAGAAUAAUAUUCAAAGAAGAAAAAAUACAUCGACCGCUUCCAAUAAUAAAUGCAUGGAAUCCAAAAGACAUUCUAUAGAUAGCAAUCAAUUAAUUAAAAAAAAAAUAAUAAAGGAUAUCACUAACAAGAAUGAGUCUCUGUCUAACAGGCAAUUCGAUAACAAUAAUAUUAAAUAUAAUGAUAAAGAUUUUGACGAACAUCUAUAUGUACAAAGUGAAUUUAAAUCAUCUACUGAAUCACAGGAAGCAUUCUAUCCUGUAAGACAAUUUAAGAAGUUUAACAAUUUGGUAUCGAUCGACGAGAAAAGUGAAAAUUUCUUGGAGUUCAAAGUGACCGAUUUUUGCCAUCACGGUUUCAAGAAUGAUUGCACUGCGACAAUUUCAUCACCUCAGCAAAUUAACGAUGAGAUUUUCAAAAAGAAUUGGUUGCACAAAAUGGAGAUCUUGCAACAACGCGAUAUUGCCUUGAGGGAGAAGGAGAUGGAUCUGCAGAAAAAAGAGAGGGAAUUAUUCAGGAGAGAAAAAGAACUCAGAAUCGCAGAAAGAGCUCUCAAUGAUAAAUUAAAGCUAGUAGAUCAGCAAUUAAAACACCAAAAAGAUAUACACCUCGUGGAGAAGAGACUGGGGGAAGCAGCACAAAUUUUAUCCCACGAAGUCAAAGAACCCGAUAUCAAAACAGAAAAGUUAAAAGAUUGUCCUCUGGAGAGAACUUCAACACCUCAACGAUCGACUUUGGCUUCUGAAAAAAUCAUUAAUCCAUGUGAGAAAAAUGAAGAAUCCGAUAAAAAAAUUAAAUAUCCAACGCAUUCGAAGAAUUGCCCAUCGAAACAAUUCUCUUCGUCAAACACAAUUUCCGGAACUCGUUCAUACGCUAGUUUAAAGUACAAAGAACAGCUUCCUGGCAAUAAAAUACGCUAUGAUGAUCUAAACUCAACGUUGUCAGCUGACAAUGGAGACUCGACCUUCGUGCAGACAUCGGAGCGGUUUAAUCCGCUACUUUAUAAGAAGCCGUUCGCGUUUACGAGAUCGGCGAGCGAGCGAUGGAUCAAGAAAACGGGCAACGCGAUUGUUACGAAACCGUUAGAAAUAGUCAACGUCAAAGAGGAAUCUGAGCCUGUUAUUGAGGAAAAUAAGAUUUUCCGAAAACUUAGCGAGAACAUAUGCGCCUCGCAAGACAAGAAUACCAGAUUCCAAAAUUACGGACUUGUGGAUUGUAAGCUGGACGACAUUCAGCAAAACAACACGAAGCAUAAUCCUGGCAAUGAAAAGAAAUUGUUUUCGUACCUCGAUCUAGCAACCGGUGACAAAUACAACCGUCAGAAGCGUUCCAAGGACAGGCCGAUCUCUUGGAACGAAGAGAUGAAUGAAUGGCUGCAAAAGAAACGUCAGGCGUAUAAUUUAGCGAUUAAAAACUCGGCUGAGAAUAAGGAAAACGUCAAGUGCAAUAUCGUCGAGGAAAAAGGCGGAAAGAGUACAAAGAAGGAUGUGAAGAAUAAAUUAUUCACUAUAUUUCGAUAACACGCUUACGGUACUAUCAUUAAUAUAGUAGCGCAUAAAAUUAGGGUUCAUUUAAUCUAGAACCAGUCAAGAAGUCUAGUUCUCUGUUAUUCAUUUUAAAAUCAACAAAGAUCUCUAGAAAUUUGUAUAUAGAAUCCUAAUUUAAUAUUUAUAAUGUAAUUAAAUGUAUAUAGUUAGUCAUAAGUUUGACAUAUAUAUCAAAUUUUUAUUAAAGUAAUGCUGUAUUUGCAAUUAAUUUACUACACAACCACAUGCAUGAUAAUCGUCAAGCAUCAGCUAUUGUAAUAUUUUUUAUACUUUUAUCUAAUAAUAUCUAUACACUGUUAUCAAUAAAGAAAGAAAAAUUAAAUAAACAUUAGUAACUA